AUGUCUCGGGCUGUCCAUCUUCCAGUUCCCUGUCCUGUUCCACUUGGUACAUUAAGAAAUGACUCCUUGGAAGCUCAGCUUCAUGAGUAUGUCAAACAAGCGAACUAUGUGAAAGUGAAGACAAUUCUUAAGAAAGGAAUUUAUGUUGAUGCAGUUAACUCCCUGGGCCAGACAGCACUUUUUGUUGCAGCAUUAUUAGGCUUUACGAAGUUAGUUGAUGUUCUAGUGGAUUAUGGAUCAGAUCCAAAUCACCGUUGCUUUGAUGGGAGCACCCCUGUCCAUGCAGCAGCAUUUUCAGGCAAUCAGUGGAUCCUCAGCAAACUCCUGGAUGCAGGAGGUGACCUGCGACUCCAUGACGAGAAAGGUCGAAAUCCGCAGACCUGGGCCUUGACAGCAAGGAAGGAACGCAGCACCCUGAUGGUGGAGUUCAUGCAGCGCUGUGCCUCGCACAUGCAGGCCAUCAUCCAGGGCUUCUCUUAUGACCUCCUGAAGAAGAUAGACUCUCCUCAGCGGCUCAUCUGCAGCCCGCCCUGGUUUGGGGGCUUCGUGCAGGGAAAACCUAAUGCCUCUCCUAAGCGAUUGCCGAAACCUGGAGUCAUUUCUGCCCAAAAUAUCUACAGCUUUGGCUUUGGGAAGGCUGUGCUUUGGUUUCAGUUUUAUUUCACAGGGGGCACACAGCUCACCUAUCUAGGAUCUCUUCCAGUAAUUGGAGAAAAGGAAGUGAUUCAAGCUGACGACGAGCCCACCUUCUCUUUCUUCAGUGGCCCCUACAUGGUCAUGACCAACCUGGUGUGGAACGGGAGCAGGGUCACAGUGAAGGAGCUGAAUCUCCCUACCCACCUGCACUGCAGCAGGCUGCGGCUGGCCGACUUGUUAAUUGCUGAGCAGGAGCACAGCAGCAAGCUGCGGCACCCCCACCUUCUGCAGCUGAUGGCUGUGUGCCUGUCCCAGGACCUGGAGAAGACCCGUCUGGUAUAUGAGCGCAUCACAGUUGGCACCCUCUUCAGUGUCCUCCACAAGCAACGGUCCCAGUUUCCGGUGCUGCACAUGGAGGUGAUUGUGCACCUGCUGCUCCAGAUCUCCGAUGCCCUGAGAUACCUGCAUUCGCGGGGCUUUAUCCACCGCUCCCUCAGCUCCUAUGCCAUCCACAUUGUCUCAAUGGGGCAAGCAAGGCUCACCAACCUGGAGUACAUGAUGGAAAGCCGGGAUGGAGAUGUACACAGGGACCUGACUCGAGUACCCCUCCCCACCCAGCUGUACAACUGGGCUGCACCGGAAGUGAUCUUACAGAGGGCAGCCACGGUGAAGUCAGACAUCUACAGCUUUUCUAUGAUCAUACAGGAGAUUUUAACAGACAACAUACCCUGGAAUGGCUUAGAUGGCUCAGUUAUUAAAGAAGCCAUAGUGCUGGGAAAUUAUUUAGAAGCUGAUGUCAGGCUUCCGAAGCCUUACUAUGAUAUUGUUAAGUCAGGCCUCCAGGUCAAGCAGAAAGACCGAACUAUGAACCUUCAAGAUAUCCGGUAUAUUCUGAAGAAUGACUUAAAGGAUUUUAUUGGAGCCCAGAGAACUCAGCCAACCGAGAGUCUGAGAGUACAGAGAUAUGAACUCCAUCCUGAUGUCAAUGUCUAUCUAGGACUGACUUCAGAACAUUCAAAAGAGACCCCUGACUUGGAAAUCAAAGAGCUAAAGGAAAUGGGCAGUCAGCCUCAUUCACCAAGGGGUCACUCUUCUCCCACUGAAAAAGCAACACCAGAUCCUCAGGCCCCAGAUCUGAGUCUGAUAGCCAAGGAGACUCAGAAUCAAGAUGCUCCUCCUGCUCCAUUUGUGGUAGAAGAGGCCAGCAACUCCAGCUCAGGUCAGGCAAGCCUCUGCAGCUUUGAAAUCAAUGAAAUCUACUCAGGCUGCCUAAGCAUGGGAGAUGACAAAGAGAAAGAGGCCCCAGGAGCUACUUCAUCUCUAGAAGAGGAUAGACCAGACCAGGAUGAUGAACUGAAGUCCAUGGAGGAAGAGCUGGAUAAGAUGGAGAGAGAGGCAUGCUGUUUUUGUGGUAAGGAUGAGAGCUCUUCAGAAGCUGACACAGAGCUCUCAUUUGAGGACUGGGACUGGCAAAAUUGUUCACUUAGUUCACUCAGCCUACUUGAGCCAACCAGAGAAGCCAAGGGCAAUGUGAGCAACAGGUCCAAGACUGAGGAGUACAUCAGUAAGUGUGUGCUGAAUUUAAAGAUUUCACAAACGCUAGCACACCAGAAUGCCGAUUUGCUGAGGAAUGUCCAACAAAAAUUAGAUAAGCUUGAGAUGACACAGAAGGAGCUGGAGAAGCACAUGUCUCUGUGGGCUACCUCAAGAGAGUUUGCAAACAUUUGUGACUUACCUUCAGCUGUGGGCCCUCCAGCUUCCAGUUAUAUUCCUCCUGUCAUGCAGCCAAAAACCCACAGCAAUUGUCCAACCCUAGUAAGGUUUCCAAGAACACUGCCAGCUGUUUGUGGCCCUGGAAAACAGAACACAGGUGAACAAUUUCAGCCCACUGAAGGAGCCAAGGACAGUUUGGAAAGAAGCAGAAACCAAAAUACCAGUAGCCAAGGAAGGCCUAGAAAGUCCAGUGCCCAAACCAAAGUCACACAGCUCAGUAGCGCACUCUUCACUGUGUCAAGCCACCUGCCGGGACCUCCUGGGUCAUUCAGCCCCUGCCAGGACUCUGCCAGAGAAGGAGCUUUGAUCAGUGUGGAAUCUGUGUCUUCUGAAGUCUAUAAAGCAAAGUCAAGAAAUAACGAAGAUGAUGGAGAGGUACACUUAAAGUGGAAAAUGGAAGUGAAAGAAGUGGUAGAGAAAGCAGCUACUGGGCAGCUCACAGUACCUCCGUGGCAUCCCCAGAGUAGUUUGAUUUUAGAGAGGGAGGCUGAAAAUGAGCAUGAUCCCCUGCUACAAUCCCCUGUUAGGGGCCCUGGGAACAUGAAUUGGCAGCAAGUUGUAGAGCAUCAAAGGGAAAAUAAAGACCCAGGAAGAAAUGGCAAGUUUGACAAAACAGACAACAGUGACUGUGACAGCGACCAGCAUGGCAGACAGCGUGGGCCUCAAAGCUUCACCUGUCUCAGGCACCUGGCCCCCAGAAAAAAUGAGCAGCCAGAGCAUAGUGAAGCCUUUCAAGCAAGUUCCGAUGCAUCUGUGGUCACUGAGAAAUUUUGCCGCGAUCAGUCGGUGCAAUCAACUUGUUCAUCAGAGUCUUCUGAGGAUAUAACAGAUGAAUUUUUAACUCCAGACUAUGAAUAUUUUUACUCCUUGACUGCUCAAGAAAACUUAGCUGUAGAGACCUCAAGUCCCAUAGAAGAGGACUUUGAAGGAAUGCAAGGUGCAUUUGCCCAACCUCAAGACUCUGGUGAGGAAAAGGUCCAAAUGAGAAAAACCCUUGGAAAGGAUGCUGAGAUUUUGACCAGAUAUCAAUUCCAACCUAUACAAAGUACUGAAGGUGAACAAGAAGAGACAUUAAAGGAGACACCAAAGGAACUGAAAGAAAAAGACAUAUCAUUGACAGACAUUCAAGACCUGUCUAGUAUCUCCUGUGAACAAGAUGGCUCUUUUAAGGAAGCCUCAUGCAAAACACCCAGAAUGAGUCAUGCACCUACUAGUGUCAGCACUCCGCUCAGCCCAGGGUUAGUUUCUUCAGCUGUCAGACAGUAUGAAGACUGCCUUGAAAGUAGCACAUUUCAGGUUAAAACCUCUUGCUGGAACAGUCAAGAAUCUAUUCAAACUCUCUUUGAUAAAUGUACAACUGUUCGAGAAAAAGCAAGGAGUCUGGAUUCUCUGUUUACUGCCUCUGGAUCUCCCCCUUCAAGACUGACUGAUCUUAAAAGAUUGUCUGCAUUUACUGGGGCUGAUUCCUCCAGCAUUGCUAAGGCGUCUGACGCACCACUCCCUAUCACCCAGAAAAGACGCCUGCCUAAAGUAGAAGCCAUCUCACAGCAUCACAUUGAUGAGCUACCACCACCGUCUCAGGAGCUACUUGAUGAAAUUGAGCACUUGAAGCAGCAGCAGGCCUCCUCCACAAUGUUGCCUGAGAACCCAGCAAGUGAUCCAGGCAUCACUCAAUGUGAUCAAAGGCACUUAGAAGAACACAAAACUGACAGUGAAAAAGAAGAUAGCAAUAUGCUUUUGACCAAAGAAAGUCAAGAUCUAGGAGAGGACACAGAAAGAGCUCACUCUUCUCUUGAUGAAGAACUGGAGAGAUGGCUGCAGCCACCUGAGGAGAGCAUGGAGCUACAGGAUCUCCCCAAGGGUUCUGCAAGAGAGACAGAUACCAAGGAUCAAGAAGUUGGUGAAAAGAAGAGAAAAGGGGAAGAAAGCAUCAAGCCAGAAAGAAGGAAAUCAGAAAGCUUUUUAGGGACUUCUGAAGAAGAUGAAUUACAACCCUGUUUUUGGAAGCGACUGGGUUGGUCUGAACCAUCCAGGAUAAUCGUGCUGGAUCAGAGUAACUUGUCAGACUGA